GAGCGAGAGAGAGAGAGAGAGAGAGAGAGAGAGAGGCACAGUGAAGCAAAGCGCAGGUGAGAAGCUCAACGGCGCCGUCUCCAUGGGAGAAAGCUCGGUGGGAGCGAAGCCCAAGCUCACACUCGAGGAGUACUCCAUCUUCUUCGACACAAUGGAUCGCCGCUUCCUGUCCGUCGACCAGCUCAACCAGAUCGUUUCUAUGCAUGGAUUCGCUCGAUUUCGCACCAAGAAGGCUAUCAUGGCCUCUCUGAGGCCACUGAAUCUAAUGCCGCCAUGGCGAUCGACGAUCGAAGACAGCAUGAUCUCACCCUUCGACGCCGCGCUCACUCUAGAUGAUAUCAAGGAGGACGUCGCCGCGAUCGGGUGGCAGGAUUGCCCCGUGAACUCCAUCAUCACCGCCCGAUCUGGCGAGGAAUGGGUCUACGAGACUGGUCCUAAUUCCUCCUCCUCCGCCGCCGUCGCCGCGCGAGGGAUUAAGAAGAGGAGAAAAAGGAAGAUGAGGAGGCUUAUCUCCAUCGCCGCCAUCGCCGCCGCUUCUCCGGUGACUCCAUCGUGGGCGGUGAAGAAGCGAAGGAGCUCCGGCCGGUGCCCGUUAGCGGAUGCGGGUUCGUUGUUGUUGCUCGCGGAUCAUGCUGAGAGCGCUAGUCGGACUUAGUUUAGGAUCCGUUAAUAGACACCCGUUAAGGAUCCGAUACUAGACCCGUUAAGGAUCCGUUACUGACACGAUAGUUUUGACUAUGCCUUUUGAUAUUGCUCGUGUUUACUUGUUAAUCAAAGCGAAAAUUUCUUUUUACAAUCUCGUCCCUAUGAUUUUUUUUAAAAUUUUUCUCAGUAUUAAUAUUUUUUUACCGAUAUUAAAAAAAUAAUUAGAAUAAGUAAGUAUUUAUUGUUAUUAUUUUUACCUGCGUGUAUCAGCAAUUAGCUAAUUUACAGGGGGUAUUACGCCAAAAUAAUUAAUAAAUACCUUUUUUUAAAAAAAAAUAAUAAAUAGAUUUUCGGUUCGGAUGCGGAUUCUUUUGUUCAUAGUUCGGAUUACGGAUUCAAAUUGAUAAAGGAUCCGACCCGUUAACAAGCCACCCCCGCCAACUAUAUCAUCUUGAGCUCUUCGUUCUCCCGCGCUGUCUCGAAAGAUCGAGAGAGAUCGAAAGAGAGAGAGAUGAAGAGAAUGACGAAGCUAUCGAUCGAGGACUACGCUUCAUUCUGUGAGAAUCCUCGUCUCAGAUCAUCCUUCACAAUCUCUCAGCUCAAUCAGAUCAUUUUCAUGCAUGGAUUCUUGAAGCUCCACCAUACCCCGAAGGAUCAUAUGCUGGGCCUCAUCGAAACCCUAGAUCUGGUUUCUCUUACCCGAUCGACGAUCCAGCAAGGCGGCGCAUCGUCCCGGAGAUCUCGGCUGCUGGUUGAUGAGUUGCAGAGAGACAUGGAUGCCAUCGGAUGGGGAGCUUGCCGUGUGGGCUCUGUUCACACCUUUGGAUCUUCGCCAGUGAGUGUUGCUACUCCGCCGAUCACCAACGAUUUAUCACAACAUCACCGCCCGAAUGACGUCCCUCCGGUGGCCGGGAAGAAGAGAUUGGGUCCGGGGAGGAGGGGGAGACCUCCAAAGACGAAGAAGCUCCCCGAUCUAUCUCCUCUAUUUUUGAUUCCCUUGGAUUCCAUCUUCAUCGAGAACGGAGGUUCAUUUUAGGGUAAUUUUUUCCCCCUUUUUCCCCCAAGAAAACAUUCAUUUCCAGCAUUGAGACUACUGAUUUUACUGAACUAUUUCUUCAAUUUUUUUUUGAAAAUUAAUAAAUUCAAUGGAUUGUAGUAAUAG